AUGCCGUGGACUUACAUAGACGUGCUAUCGUACUCCAGGAUCGCUUCCAGUGUGUUUUGCCUCAUCUGGUACUUCGCUAUGGUGGCAGCGGGCUAUAUUGGCUUUGUUGAAAUCAUGUGGAAGUUCAAGAGCCGUCCUAAACUAGACAAGGACGACAGCAGAAAAGAAUAUGAAGGGGUGACGAUUCUAAGACCCAUCAAAGGCAUAGAUCCCGAGCUUCUUUCUUGUCUUGAGUCUUCCUUUUGUCAGGAUUAUCCUCACAAUAAGCUUCAGAUUUUAUUCUGUGUAGACGAUCCCAGCGAUGCCCUGAUUCCGUUAAUCAAGAAACUCAUUUCGAAAUAUCCCACAAUAGACUCGGAGAUCUUGAUCAGUACAAACUUCAAUACACAAACCAAUCGAAGUGACGACCAUUAUGGUCCUAACCCCAAAGUCAACAACUUAGCAAAAGGAUUUGUAUCCAGCAAAUACGACAUUCUCUGGGUCAUGGACUCCAACGUCUGGGCUGCAUCGAACCUUUUGAAGAAUUCAGUCAAGACUCUCAAUGAAAACUUGAAUAAUGGCAGAAAACAGGCCGAUGAUGCCAAGAGAACAGUCAAAUUGGUACACCAUGUCCCACUCGCAUUAAGUAUCAACCCCAGCAACAACAAGGAUGACAACGAAUACGUGCUUACACCUAUUCAAUCGGAUGACGACGACUCUGAAGCAUUGCUCUCCAGUGGGAGUUCCAGAAAAACGAGAAAGAGGUUCCUCAAGAAGUUUGGAGCCAAGUUGGACGAAAUGUUUCUCCAUACGUCUCAUUCCAAGUUCUAUGUUUCGCUCAAUAACCUUGAAUUGGGGCCCUGCGUCAAUGGAAAGUCCAACAUGUACCGUAAGUCCGACUUGGAUAGGGCCGUUUCUCUCAUACCCAAGUUCCAGAACACAUCUCCAUUCUUCCACACGCCUAGUGUAGUCAGGGACGCGCAGUACUACAGCUCCUUGGGACCCGGCCAUUCGAUCAAAUUCUUCUCACGUUACAUUGGCGAAGACAACAUGAUAGGAAUUGCCCUUUGGGAGAAUAUCAAUGGUAAAACGGGACUUACAGGUGACGUCGUGAUCCAACCUCUUAGCGGAGUAGAUAACGAUGUCAGCGACUACAUAAAAAGAAGAGUCAGAUGGCAGAGAGUCAGAAAGUAUAUGGUGCUUAUGGCUACGUUGAUAGAGCCUACCACAGAAUCGCUUGUGUGUGGCAUAUUUGGUAUUUAUGCCAUAUCCACGUUAUUCUUGAACCAGUGGUUUAGUGGCUGGCUCUUUCUUUUGCAUUUAACUAUAUGGAUGUUGAUCGAUUACGUUCAGUAUUACACUUUGAUCAAACAUGUCGUAACCCCUGUCAACUUGGACUAUCUUCCUAGUUGGUUGGAGAAUAUCCCUCCAGUCAACCGUAGCUUCUUGAGCUGGUUGUAUAUCUGGAUUCUCAGAGAAUUGCUAGCAUUGCCCAUCUGGAUCAUUGCUAUGAUGGGCCACGAGAUCGACUGGAGAGGCAAGCCGUUCAAGAUCAAGCACGACUUGACAGCUGAGGAAUUGUAA